AUGGAAACCUCAACCAGAAAACCUAAGAUUUGUGGCAGUACAAGUAAAGGGAUUGAUAGAAUAAGUUCAUUGCCAGAUGAUAUCCUGCACAACAUCCUUUCAUCUCUCUUUAUUUUUGAUGUGGUUCAGUUGAGUUUAUUGCCAAAAAGAUGGAAGUAUAUAUGGACUACUAUGCCUUACUUGCACUUUGAUCUUGAUCGAUUUUAUUCACAACGGAUCAAUCGGCCUUGUAACUCGGAAAUGGAUCUUUAUGAAGCGGUUCGCACAGUAAGACUCGCUCCAAUCUCUUUUUAUAAGCUGAAGAUCUUAAAGCUGUAUGUGGAUGUUGAUGAAGAUUUCAUGCAAGCUAUGAUAUUAUUACUCAAGUAUUCUCCUAAUCUAGAGGUUCUUAAAUUGUGGUCUGAUGAGAAUGGAGACUGGAUUGAGAAUUUGCAGAUGCAUGAUCCUGAUGAAAUCAUUGUGUGCUUGGAAUCUCAUCUAAAGUCAAUUGAGUUGAUUGGUUUCAAAGAUGACGAAAACGAGAUAGAACUAAUAAGGUUUUUUCUGAAGAAUGCACGGGUAUUGGAAAAACUGACGAUUGUUUGGGCCAGCUAUGCUGAUAGAUCAGAAGAGACAUCUACGGAGGUCUUGAAGUUUUCCUAGAACUUCUUCACACGUCGUUCUGAAAUUUGUCGAUGCCAAGCCCUGGCCCAAGCCAAGAACUCGGCACAAUAGGUAUUACAAAUGACAGGACUUGGAAGAGGAUUCAUUGUUGGAUGUACUCUUGUUGAGAUUUUAAUCCAAGUCAGAACCAGACUGUAUGCAGAAACUUCAAGGGGUGUUUUGCUUUUCAUGUUUGAACUGCUAUGCAGGAGUAGUAACUACUGAGUCAGAACUCAAUACUAGAUUAUCUUUAUGAGAUGUGGUAUCUAACUUCAAAGUCCAAUGCAGUCUUGAAUUUCGACCUGAAUUGAAGGCCAAAACUGCUUAGCCGAGCUGGUUCUAAUUAAGUGUAUUUUUAAGCCGUAGUGUUUUAAAUCAUCUGGAUAAGAGGGGGUAGAUUCAACACUUUCAGGUUCUCUACCUAAGAUGCACUUACUGUAUGUAUUAUAUCCACAAAUACCACGUCGGUGGGUAACAAUUUUGAAUGAGAAUUUUUCCUUAUAAAAGGAGGCCUAAUGUUUAGGAUUAAAACACACCUCUUAUUUGCCU